CACCACGGCUGUAGUACUCAGUCUGUCCCACUGAGCUGUCAAUACAGAAGCUCUCCACUCUGCAACCCGGCUGUUGCGACAACAUUUUCCUACUAAACCUAGUCCCUCUUUCUCUUCAACGACGUUUUCCUUCAGAUAACAGCUCCUCUCUUCUCACCAUGACUCGGAGGUGAUCUUCAGAGUGUCCCGGUGGUUCUGGGGUUCCAGGUUGCUGUGUUGAGAGAGCAAGCUAACUGCGGGAAGGAGAACCGCCUGGGGCAUCGUGUCCCUGGCUUUCUAGUGACUAAAGGAGGGGCUUGGAAAAACUGUUGUGCAGCAUGGAGAAAGAAGACCUGAAGGUCCUCAACAAAGGGGAAGAGGAGGAGCUGGAGCUGCAGGGGUACCGUCUUUGUCGUUGGCGGCUGGCCCUUGUGGGCCUCGGGGUGCUGUUCACAGGGGGCUUCCUCCUCUUGCUGCUCUACUGGAUGCCAGAGUGGUGCGUCAAAUCCACCUGCACCCGCACCACAGCCCGCGAUGCUGAAGUGGUAUUGCUGCGCUCCACGGAUGAGUUCCGGCGCUGGUUCCUGGCCAGGGUACGAGUGAUGCUGGCCCCGGGAAGGAACCCCUUCCACUGUCUGGAGACCCAGACCACCUCCCCUUCCUCUCCCUCCUGCCCCUUCUCCUCCCCCCCUCUGGCCAAUGGACACACCCCCCACCCCUCCGAUGGCAACCCCGACCAGGAGCUCAUCAGAAGAUAUGGCGACUACCAGCCCACACAGAUCCGCUACUUUACCUUCCAUAGCACAACGUAUUAUUGGAGCGACGAGGUGCAGAACUUUGGUGUUUUAACCGGCCUGGAGGAUUUGCAGGUCAGCUGCUCCACCCUCCACUCGGAGCACAUUGCAGGCCUGACCAGGAACCAGCAGGAGUACAGGAGACUGUUCUUCGGAGUGAAUGAAAUUGCAGUGAAAGUGCCUUCUGUUUUCAAGCUGCUUAUCAAAGAGGUCCUAAACCCUUUCUACAUCUUCCAGCUCUUUAGUGUGAUCCUGUGGAGUGCCGAUGAGUAUUACUAUUAUGCUGUGGCCAUCCUUUUCAUGUCGAUCAUAUCCAUAGCUACCUCUCUGUACACCAUUAAAAAGCAAUACAUCAUGCUCCACGACAUGGUGGCAACUCACAGUGUUGUCCGUGUGUCUGUAUGCCGACCCAACAAUGAAAUUGAAGAGAUUUUGUCUACUGAUCUGGUGCCCGGUGAUGUGAUGGUCAUCCCCAUCAAUGGGACCAUCAUGCCAUGUGACGCCGUGCUGGUCAGCGGCACCUGCAUCGUCAAUGAAAGCAUGCUCACAGGUGAGAGUGUUCCUGUGACAAAGACCAACCUGCCAGACCCAUUGCCUGGGGACAGGGGGGAGGAUAAUGACAGUGUCUUCAACACAGAGGAGCAUAAGAGACACACACUCUUCUGUGGCACCCACGUCAUCCAGACCCGCUUCUACACAGGCGACCUGGUCAAGGCUGUGGUGGUCUGCACAGGUUUCAGCACAGCCAAAGGCCAGCUGGUGCGCUCCAUCCUUUACCCAAAACCCACCGACUUCAAGCUGUACCGAGAUGCCUACCUCUUCCUCUUGUGUCUGGUGGCUAUAGCUGGAAUUGGCUUUGUCUACUCCAUCGUCCUCAGCAUCUUGAACAAGGUGCCAGCUAAAACCAUCAUUAUUGAGUCUCUGGACAUCAUCACCAUUACUGUGCCCCCGGCGCUGCCAGCCGCCAUGACAGCUGGCAUUGUGUACGCCCAGCGACGCCUCAAAAACCUGGGCAUUUUUUGCAUCAGCCCACAAAGGAUCAACAUCUGCGGUCAACUCAAUCUGGUCUGCUUUGACAAGACUGGAACUCUGACAGAAGAUGGAUUAGACCUAUGGGGAGUUCAGAGGGUUGAGAACGGCAGUUUCCACCUGUCAGAGGAAAAUGCAUACAAGGAAAAUCUGGUCAAGUCCCAGUUUGUGGCAUGUAUGGCCACCUGCCACUCUCUCACCAAGAUAGAGGGCCAGCUGUCCGGAGACCCACUGGACCUUAAGAUGUUUGAGGCCACAGGCUGGAUCCUGGAGGAGGCCACUGAGGAGGAAACAUCUCUCCACAACCGUAUCAUGCCCACUGUGGUUAAACCCCCAAAACAGCUGCUGCCCCCAGAGCCUGCCGUAACACCAGAGCAGGACAUGGAGCUGUAUGAGCUUUCGUCAGCGCAUGAGAUAGGUAUCGUGCGCCAGUUUCCCUUCUCCUCAGCCCUCCAGAGGAUGUGUGUGGUGGCUCGUCUGCUAGGGGAGAAACGUAUGGACGCCUACAUGAAGGGGGCCCCUGAGAUAGUAGCUAGCCUCUGCAAGAAAGACACAGUGCCAGAAAACUUUGCAGAUGUUUUAGAGGGCUACACCAAGGAGGGUUUCAGAGUCAUAGCUCUGGCUCAUCGACGACUUGAAUCCAAACUCAGCUGGCACAAAGUCCAGAACAUCAGCAGGGAUCACAUUGAGGCAAACAUGGAGUUCCUAGGUCUAAUCAUCAUGCAGAACAAGCUUAAGGCAGAAACCCCAGCAGUGCUGGAGGACCUCCGCCAAGCCAGCAUCCGCACUGUCAUGGUUACUGGUGACAACAUGCUGACAGCCAUCUCUGUGGCCAGGGACUGUGGAAUGAUUCCUCCCCAAGACACAGUCAUCAUUGCUGAUGCCCUCCCUCCACAUGAUGGACAGUCCGCCAAGAUCACCUGGAGAUACGCUGACAAGGCGAGCCAGACCUCUCAUCUGGAGGAAGUGAACAUCACUCUGGAUGAUGUGUGCCACAUAGAUGAGCCCAAAAAACAGGAGCUGUACCACUUUGCCAUGAAUGGAAAAUCCUUUGCCGUCAUCUCUGAACAUUUCCCUGACAUGCUUCAAAAGCUGGUGCUACAUGGGACAGUGUUUGCAAGAAUGGCCCCGGACCAGAAAACUCAACUCAUUGAGGCUCUGCAGGGCGUAGACUACUUUGUUGGGAUGUGUGGAGAUGGAGCAAACGACUGUGGGGCUCUGAAGAGGGCUCAUGGUGGCAUCUCUCUGUCGGAGCUCGAAGCCUCGGUAGCCUCUCCCUUCACCUCGAGGACCCCGAACAUCUCCUGUGUCCCCAGCCUCAUCAGGGAGGGUCGUGCCGCUCUCAUUACCUCUUUCUGUGUGUUCAAGUUCAUGGCCCUCUACAGCAUCAUCCAGUACAUCAGUGUCACUCUCCUCUACUCCAUCCUCAGUAACCUUGGAGACUUCCAGUUCCUCUUCAUCGAUAUUGCCAUCAUCCUUCUUAUUGUCUUUACUAUGAGUCUGAACCCAGCGUGGAAAGACCUGGUGUCUCGUCGUCCCCCUUCAGGUCUGAUCUCAGGGCCUCUGCUGUUCUCUGUGCUGACCCAGAUCCUCAUCUGCUUGGGCUUCCAGACCAUUACAUUCCUUUGGGUCCGACAGCAGCCGUGGUACACAGUGUGGACGCCGCUCUCUGAUGCCUGCAACCACUCAUCACAUAUUACCAUGUUUGGCCACAACGGCACUGAAAUUGACGACCACAACAUCCAGAACUACGAGAACACCAGCCUCUUUUAUGUCUCCUCCUUCCAGUAUCUCGUUGUUGCCAUCGUUUUCUCAAAGGGCAAACCCUUCAGGCAGCCAAGCUACAAGAAUUGGCCGUUUGUGCUGUCUGCCUUGACUCUGUAUGUUUUUCUGCUGUUCAUCAUGUUCUACCCUGUAAAAGCCAUUGACGAGUUUCUAGAGGUUGUUUGUGUCCCGUUUGACUGGAAGGUAAAGCUCUUCCUCAUCAUCUUAGUCAAUGCUGCAGUGUCUGUUGUGAUGGAGACCUUCAUCCUUGACAUCGUCUUAUGGAAGCUUGUGUUCAGCCGAGACAAACAGGGCAGCUUUGGCGUCACUCCUGUUGCCCCGACACCACAGGGUGGUAUAGACCUGCGAUACUACAAGUGUCUGACCCGGCUUUGCUGCCCGAGCAGGAUGACCCCCAAGGCUCGCUACAUGCAUCUGGCCCAGGAGCUCAGGGUGGACCCCGACUGGCCUCCAAAGCCAACGACAACAACUGAAGCCAAGACCCUCCCAGAAAAUGGAUCCACCUAUCAAAUCAUGAAAAACUCCUAGCACCCCCCACAUGACCUACAGGAGAAGUGUAUGCAUUUUAGGCGCGUUCAGUGAAUGCACCUUUAAAUUAUUCGAAUGAAACCGUCACAGUAAGGUUGCUUGUUGUUCCGGUUCACAGCGACUUCAGUCUAAUGCUGGAGUUCAUGAGACAUUGCUGCAAAAAUCUUAUGAUCGCACAUGACUACAAAACAUAGUGUCAGUUCUCUCAACCACUUGCACUCUCUCAGGUCUCUGUUGCUUGUUAUUUAGACAGCAGCAACAUUAAUGUACAUCUCUUUCCUUAUUGCAAUGUCUGAGCAGGCUGGGUCUAAUAUAACUUUGGCCUUUUCAAAUCGACUUCCAAGUCCACCCCAGAGCUAGCGUCUGACAUGUGCUAUCAAAAAUGUUCUGGAACAAUGUCUUCAUAGCCUUUGAGAAUGAUCCUAAAAAAACAAGUAGAAGUAUAGUAUAUUUAUCAAACAGGUGCUAGGUUGUACUUUGUCCCUCUAAAGUAAGACCAACCAUUACCAAAACAGCGAUUACUUUAUUGGUUGUUUUGAAGUCCACUCUGUAUGUUUUAAUUCACAGCAGACACAACCUCACUUGUUAGGAUUUUCACAGUUACCAUACUCGGAUUGCUACUAUGUAGUCGUCUCUUACAGCUAACCUAUAUCAUUUAUAUAUAGUCAUGGAACCAUAACCAAAAGGAAAGCUUUUAUGCUUACCAUGAACCCCCAGGGAUACAUGAAAUGAUUAACUUGAGACAAGAAAUCAUAUAGUCAACUCUCACUGUAAGUUGUAGCAGAUUUUAAAUCAGCUUCUUGUUGAUCAAUUCAAGGUUCAAGGUUCUUUAUUGUCAAACUAACAUAGCUACAGGGUCAUUAUGUCGUUGAAAAUCUUAGGUCACAGGCUUCUCCAACAAUGCAACACAUAAUACAGAUAAGCAGACAAUAUUAAAAUAUACUAUAUUAAAAGUAAUACAAAAAGAAAAAUAGUUUAAAGAAAAAUUGCACACCUCAGGCAUAUUCCUAUUUUUAAAGACAAACACAAAGAAUAUGUUGAUUGCCUCUCAAGCGCCAAUGCUCAAGGUUUAAAAAAAGUAUAGACAAUUAAAUGGGGAAUAUCCCGGCUUUUUAAGAUUUGGAAACUGCACAAUAGGUCUGAACAUAUGGGAGACAUUACAUUUUUUGUAUAAAUGUAGUCGUCAUCCAUAAUGUUGCAUGUGCAUAAAAUCUUGCUGUUGUCCCCGGCCACCUUUAUUUUUAAACCCUCAGACAUAUAGAACUUGUUCACAUUAAAAGUAAGGAACACUUAUAGCGAAAGUGUGCUUUUAAAAUGGGAAGCCUUUUUCCCAAACUUCAGCACGUUAUACAUCAAAUUGAUGACAACUAGAAAGUUAUGAACCUCAGAAAAUAAUCAACGGUUGUAUUUUUCUUAUUCACCCAGAAGUUUCAUAAACAGUUAAAACAUUUCAGCUAGUAGGAUUAGGAUAGUUUACCUUAAGGAGCUUUGAUAAAAAUAGUAUUAUGUAGAACAGUAGAAAUGGCAAAAAACACCAGACUAUAAUAAAUGCAUACAUUUCAUUUGCGCUUUUCAAGGCAUGUCAAUUCAAUGGUUCUUAUUCUUGAAUCUAAUAACUGAAGUCUCCACUUCCUCAACUGUACUUUUCUAACAAAGCAUGCUAACAUAUUAAAUGUUAUUGUGUUAUACUUGCAUACUUAGGCCAAACAUUUGCCCCAUCAGUGGUUUAAAUGUGGCAUCAGCCAACCUGUCUGUAUUUUACUCACAUGAGCCACCAGCACGGCUAUACACUUUACAUCUAUGAGCUAUGUCUGGUCAUCAGACUGAGACUGAAAACAUAACAAGACUCGCAUGAUGCCACCUUCCUAUCGAUCAAGUUUAAGACUUGAUGGUUGCAAUACUAGAAAUAUUACUACAGACACAGCAUUACUGUAAAAUGAAGGAGUAUUUACAUAAAUAUCUCUUCAUCAAAUGAAUCUGCACAAGAACCGCAUGAAUUUGGUUGGUUAUCAUGGAUAGUGCACAUACAUGAGACCAUACAAAUCUGAGCAUCCUACAUUUACAAAACUAAUGUCAGACUGGCUCAGUAAGCCAGCAGUGCUACUUGCAUUUAUUUUCUAUAAAAAUCACAUUUCUUCCUAUGGAAGACUGAUUAAAAGUGUUGUAGUAAAUGAGGACAAAGCAUUUUGCAUCUUGUCAGUUUGCAGCACAUUCAAAACAUCCAUGCAACAACAAAAGCUGGUAAUGGUGGAUUCUGUGUUUUACCAUAUACACGCAAAUUCAUGUAUUACACAUUGGCUACCUGCCUAGAGUUAAGGGCUAUUUUUUUAUGUUCACUGAUUCAACUUUGAUGUUGAAAGGGAUACUCGCAGAAAUCGAGUUGAGUAACAAACAUUCACUCCUUGUGCAUCUUGAAGGUGGCUGUAUUAGUGGGUUGCUUAUUAUUCAAUGUAAACUUGACUGUGUUGAUUGAAGAUUACAAUAAUGGCACACCAAGCUUAAGAAAUGUACAUUGUUGGAAUUGUUUGAGCAGUUUUAGUUUGCAUUUUGCUGCUUGAUUCAGCCAUUACAAUUGGUAGCAAUGGAAUUGACUGUACUUUAAUUGAAUUAAAGCUGACCACAGCUACUUCAAGGAGGAGAAAAAGCUUUCAGGGCAACCUUUUAAAGCCACAAAUUAUAUUGUUUGAUUCCCAAAAAGCAGAUUUAGGCUGGAGUAUCACUUUAAAGCAAAGAUGGAUCAACAGAUUUCCUCAAUAUCCACAAUAACAAGUAAGCGCAGUUCCUUAAAGCCAUUGUCUAUUGAGAUGCUUGUAAUAUUUAUUACAAAUGCACAUGAAACUUGGGAUCCAUAAUUUUUUAUGACAAGCUCAAAUGUGUGCUUUUAAUUUUCACAGAUACAUUGUUUAAUUGAUCAGAGUAUUUUUGUUAUAGGAUGUAGUGGGUACAUUGUGUGAGGAGGAGUAGAUACCUGUGUGUAUGUAUGUAUGUAUAUAUAGUACUGUAGAUGAAACUGGUAAAAAUGCAUAACAUGGCUCAAAUGGACAUUCUUGUGCCAAUUUGCAGAAAGAUUCUGAUAUGUUGUCAACAACAUGGGUUUCUAUGCCUCUGGACUAUCAGUGGCUUUUCUCAGUUUUAUAUUUGCGUUCAGGUUUCUUUUUUUCUUCUUUUGAUACCUACUGAGGCUAAAACUGAAUGUUGUAUAAAAAAAGACUACAUUUAUUGUAUUGCAAUACGAUAGCUAUUGAUUAUUUUCCCAAAGACUUUUCAUUACAUUUGUAUUGCUUAUUUAAAAAAAAAGAAAAAAAAAGAACGUAUAGCUUGUGUUUAGUUCUGUCAAAUCUGAUUUGUCCAGCACAAAAGUGGACUUAAAAAGGUGAUAAUAAUAAUAAUAAUAAUAGAGAUGUUGGAUUCUAUCUGUAUAUAUGAGAUGUACAUUUCUAGUGUGUGCUUACAAGUACAGCAUAUUUAGUUAUAUCAAUGUUUGUUUUUGGAUUAUCAAAGGGCUGGUGUGUUUUUCUACUAUGUUGGUACUGUGUUCAAUCAGUUGUCUGUCUACUUUUGAUUUGUACUGUCUUUGAUUUGUUUUUGUUUAAAAUGUUGCUAUGGAGUUGCAUUAGCUUUAUUCUUCUUUUUGGGCAUGAAUUCUGGGCAUUUAUUUCACAAUUUUAAACAUUUAAUGUGAAGUAUUAGAGGGGAACUUAAGUAAU